GCGCGGAUGGAAUUGAUGGUGUAGGGAGUGGUAGCGAAGGUGGAUUUGAUGCCUUUGGAGGUUAGGGUUUUGCAGAACUGCAAAAGGGGAUUUAUAUGGCCCUGCGACGGGUGUUGGAAGUAUGACUGCGAGGUCAUGAAUUCAAACAUCCGACACCUCAAGCAUAGUGAUUACAGCAUUCAUAGUGAAGAAGGGUUAGAGAAAAAAAGAACAAGGGAGUGUGAAUUCCAACAGCGAGUUCUCGAAGGAGUCGAAGAAUCGCUAGGCCAACGAACGGGAAGGAGUGGACAUGUGAGCAGUUCUUCAGGGAGGAGCACGCUGAGGGCACGACAAGGAAGAGCAUAUCUGACAUUUCAGGGUGGAGUGCUCCUUGAGAAGGAGUAUGUACGACAGUGCCGGUGCGCCAAGGUGGGCGAGCUUUGUUCGUGAGAGCGGAACCACGUCAAGGACGAUUCUCGGGCGAAGAAUGGAGAAGUCGCAACAUGGGUGUCUGGGUGUCCCGUAUGGUGUUGAAGACGAGCGACGGAGUAGGCUAGUUGUGGGUCGGCUAUGGCAAACCUCGUUGGCGGUUGGUGAGCACAACGGGGUACGCGCGAAAAGGUCAAUGGAGUGACGCCUGGACGCUAGCCCAACAUGCAAGAAAUGUCGGUGUACUCAAGUGGCGUCGCACGAGGGUGUUUGCGACUUUGAGUGGGGGAGAGUGUCACGAACUGACAUUUCUGCCCAGGUUCUCGGUCAUAGUCCGUCCCAUGUGUGCAAGCCCCGAUCCUAUACGGCAAAUCAACGACAUAUUUCUUUGGUGUAGGUACGCGUCCCGCCUUAUUUAUCCCGCAUUAUUCGGUAUACAAAGGCUUGUUGCGCAUAAGGGACGGCGGGCUUGGGCCUGGGCGCCGGCCUUAUCAGCUUCUAGCACGUUACAAAUGGUAUACCUGUAGGGUAUUAGGUUCGCGGGUUCUCACAUCAUCACAAAAAAAAUACUAACUUUUACUUUUUUUUCAAACUUCCA